UCACUCUCGGCCUCCUGGAAUGUUUCAAAAUUUGUUGCUCAAAUUUGGGGACCCGGAAAAAUAUUACAUGGCUGGAGCACCUGGCGUGAAGGACAAGCUGAAUCUUAUUGUUGGCGGCGACAUCUGCGAGGUUUACCGCGAUGGCUUUAAUGGCGGAUCCUUCGCCUUCUGGUGCGGACUCAUCGGAUUAGCCGUCUUUGUACUUUUUCUGGCCUACUUUCAUAUGAACCGGGAACGAAUAGAUCCUACAGAAUGAAACGACAAACAUUUAUGGAUUAUGUUGAUAAAUAAAAAGCCACUGUAAUAAAGCCGUUAUAUUUAAUUAGAAAAAAUUUAUAUUUAAUGUACAUAGAUAGUGUAUACACAUAUAAUGUGAGCUUGUGUAUAAUUAAUUAAAUUCAAGUAAUUAUUAUUUGUUUAAUCAAAUCGUAUUCCCAUUCAGCAGCCUUAAAAA